AAUAUGUAUAUAGUAUCAAUAAAUUAUAUUUAUUUAUCAGAAAUCAUAUUAUGUGUUUUGCUUGUGUAAACUAGAAAGGGCAUGAUUUUUAUAUGCCUUAUUUUCUAUUGUUAAAUUGUUUAGAGUUGUAGAUAUGUUUUUCAAUGAUAUUUUUAUGAUACAAAGAAAUUAUUAUGAUUCCUGGAGAAUUUCUAGUAUUAUGUGAUUAUGACUGAAAACAAUUUUAAUGCCUCAGUUUUCCGCUGUACGGCGCUGCAGAAAGAAAUGUUAGGCAAUAAUGGUAGUAGUGUUACUUGAAUUGGCUUUACGAUCAGACAUCACUUUUCCGGAGAUAAUAUAAAUCUAUCUGUAUACUUAAUUAAUCGAACGAGUCGAAAUGGUUUCGAGGAUUCAUUUUAUCAUCACUUUUAUUUUAUAUCAGAUGAUAUCAAUCGUUUUCAUUAAUACUUCUGCUUCAGAAUUACCAGUGAUUAAACCAUUUACGUUUCCUGACAAUUUGAAAACAGGAGAUAGUUUAAGUGUGUCAUGUUCUGUUAUUUCUGGUGAUAAACCUUUAACGUUUAUGUGGAUGAAAGAAAACAAAGAGAUUAAAGAUGGUUCAAACGCUAAAAUUCAUACUCAUACUAGCCUUUCAAUAUUAGCUAUAGAUCCUUUAGAUGAACAAAACAGAGGCAACUAUACUUGUAUUGUCUCUAAUGCCUUUGGUUCAACUUCACAUACAGCAAACUUACAGAUUCCAGUUCCGCCUUCAUGGAUAGAAGAACCGAAAAAUUCUGAAGCAGUCGCAAAUGGUAAUAUAACAAUACUUUGUCAAGCUUCUGGAUACCCAAAGCCAACUAUUACUUGGGUACGAAAAGGUACAUAAUUUUAAUAUAUUUUAAUGUAUUUCUCGAAUAAUUCCAAAUCUCGAUAUAUUUAUAUUCUGAUAAUAUUCGUAUUAGAAGGCCCUUUCGAUUCUUCUGUCAGUAUGGAUAAUAAAGAAAUUAAGGACAAUGAAAAACUGACAUUUGUUAAGAUCUCAAAGAAUGACGAAGGUUUAUAUGAAUGCUCCGCAUAUAACGGUAUUGGAACUUCUCUGAAAA